ACAAGUUGUCAGAUCAGCUGGUGAUGGGUCCUUUGGCAGCGAGAACCUUGUCGCUUUUCUACGCCAUCCGCCAUUGCUAUCGUGGUCAGAGAUGUCUAUAAUCUGUUGUGGAACCAAAGCUUCUCGAAUCUCAUCCUACAAACCUCACCAUACCCCACCCUGGCUGCUGAGCCUCUUCUUUGCUCUUCAGCACCUCUUGGUCCAGACUUCCCUGCUCUGCACUUGCCAUAACCUCCUCUACCAGAACUUCCACUUGUCAGCCUUGGAUCAGAGCCAUCUGCUGGCCAGUAGCCUCUUUGCUUGCGGAAUAUCCACCAGCCUGCAAAGUGGUCUCGGAACAAGGCUGCCCCUGGUGCAAUCUCCGACAUUCGAGCUGCUUGUCCCAGCUGUAAUCCUAAGCAGGCACUCCGCUACUAACAGAACUAUGGCUGGGGUUGGUUCCCCGGGACAAGAAAAUUGCACAGGAAUUGAGCAGCUGCAGAGUGACAUCCAGCAAAUCAGAGAGGUUUCAGGGGCAUUGCUGGUCUCAGGACUCCUCAAAGUCCUCACAGGAACCCUCGGGCUCUGGGGAUGGAUUCUGCAGUCUUGUGGCCCAAUGGUCAUUGCCCCGGUGCUAUCCAUCCUUGGCCUCUCCUGCUACAAGUCAGCAGCGCAGUUGUGUUCCUUCAGCUGGAGCAUCUCCAUGGGCCUCAUCGCAGCGACCACAUUUUUGUCACAAAACCUGCAUUCCCUUCACUUCCCUGUGUACAUCUGGAACAAGAAGGGAGGAGAUGGGAAGAAGUUUGCUCCAGUCUUUCGCAUGUUGUCUAUGUUCCUCCCCAUUUCCUGUAUCUGGAUCGUGUGCACUAUCUGGGUCCCACAUGAACAGACCGAGUUUCCCAGUGAAUUCCGCCUGGCACAGAACACAUCUGGAUGCCUCACGCGCAUGUUUGCACCGCCUCAUGGAGGAAACGCAACAGAACUGGCCCCGUGGUUUCAGUUCCCCUCUAUAGGUGCCUGGGGAUGGCCUCGGUUUAGUCUGGAGACUCUCAGCAUGGGAGUUGCCAUGACCCUGACCUCCAGCCUGUCUUCUCUAGGAUGUUAUAUCUUAUGUGCCCGAAUGCUGUGCUGCCCCCCUGUCCCGUUUCACUCCUGCAACCGUGGCAUAUGCAUGGAGGGUAUUGGAAAUAUCCUCUCUGGAGUGUUGGGAAGUGUGUGCGGAGUCGGAUCCAACAUCCCCAGUGCUGGCGUUAUCGGAAUCACCCAGGUGGGCUCCCGUCACUCAGGCCAGUUGAGUGCAUUACUGUUCCUUGUCUUGGGCUGCUCCCCCAAGCUGGCCCAGAUGCUGAUGACAAUCCCUUUUGCUGUCCAUGGCGGCACGCUGUGUCUCACAUUCUCCAUGGCAGUGGGAGGUGGAGUCGCCUACUUCCAGUACGCUAAUAUAGACUCAGGAAGAAACAUCUUCAUUGUUGGCUUCACAAUGUUCAUGGCUCUGCUGGUUCCUCGCUGGCUGGAUGCGAUGCCAGCCAAAAUAGACACAGGCUGGCCUGCAGUGGACAUGCUGCUGCUUUCUCUACAGAAUCUGGAGCAGAGAUUUCACUUUUCCUUCCUAGCCACAACAGGAAGAACUCUGAAGGAACGGGGUCUACAUGAAAGCAUCUCGCUCUGGCCUCCUACCUUUGGUGAAAACACACUCAGGGGUCAGGAAGAGCAGCUGGCCAACGCUUACAGCCUUCCUCCAGUUGUGGCGCGCUUCUUCCCCACCGUGUACCCAUUCAACCAACUGUGUCCCCCUCCAUCUGAGACGGAGGUGAUAACAGUGGGCGAGGAUCACAAACUGUUACCCGUAAGAGCACCAGUGACCGAUGGCGAGCAGGCAUGACGACGAAGCACAGAACAUGGCGGCUCUGGAACAGAAGGAUCUGCAUAAUGGACUUUAUUUAUAUCUGUUCUCGUAUUUUUAAUUUGAUAUGUUACUGAUAUU